UGCCCACAUUCCAAGAUAAGAUCGAUUAAAAUAGAAAAACUGUCCCCGGCGGUCAAUAUUUCAAUCACUCCUACCGUUGAUAUGCAAACUCCGACGAGAAUUCUCGACGCAUUCAACAACUGCGCCGGAGUUUUUCACCUCCGACACCACCCCCACUCCCACCAUCAUCACCACCACCACCAAUCAAUUCCGAAUUAUCUCUCCUGCCUCACUCACCGGAAUAACUCUCUCAGGGUUUCCUGCAGCUUCAGCGGUACAAACCCUAACCCUAGGAGAGAGAAAUUCGGUGACAGAAGAGGAGAGAGAGUAAAGGUUGAGGCGAAGGCGAAGGACAAUAUUUGGAGUGUCGAUAAUGAGGUGGCGAAAGAGGUGGAAGACAAGGAGAGAAAAAAUCAUAGGAGAAGGAGAGAGAAAAGCAGAGGAAAAGGGAAGAGUGGUAAGAGAGUGAAGAAGCUUGCUAAAGAUUCUAAUGUCAUGGUUUCUGGUGCUAUGUUGAUGGAGGUUGAAAAUGUUUUGCAAACUCAGGAGCCUGUUAUUCGACCAGCAUGGAACACAUUUGUGAGUAGUGUAAGUGGGAUUUGGAAGGGAGUUGGAGCAAUCUUCUCGCCAAUUACUGCUGAAAUGGAGCCAGUUGAUUUGGGACGUAAGAGUGAGUAUUUGUAUGACUGCUAUACUCUUUCUCGUAUGCAAGCUGCGCAAUUUGGAGGGAAUACAUCCCAAAUCCAGAGGAAAACCAAUUGGGUUACACUAAAUCCUUAUGGCGAGAAAGCAAAAGAGAUUGGAGACAGUGAAAGUGAAAGUGGCAACAGUGUCAAAGAAAAAAGUCACAAGGGCAAGGCAGAUCAAUUUAUGCCGAAAUUUGAGUCUUUUGAUUUUCUGAAGAGUGAUGUGAUGGAAGAAGAUAUCAUGGGGUUGGAGCCUGGACUUGUUUUCUUCGAGGAUGGAUCUUAUUCUAGAGGGCCGGUUGACAUUCCUGUUGGUGAAGUUGAUGAGUCCGAGUACUUUCUUUCACCAACAUACAAGUUUGAACAAUGUUUAGUUAAGGGCUGCCACAAGAGACUGCGUAUUGUGCAUACUAUUGAAUUUAGCAAUGGUGGCGCAGACAUUCAGAUACUAAGGGUUGCUGUGUAUGAAGAACAAUGGGCCAGUCCUGCUACCAUUGACGAGCACAGUGAGGUUGAGCUUGAUAUGAAUGCAUUUUCUGAGAGAAAAAGAACACGGCCAUCAGAGCUAACAGGAUCAUGGAAGGUGUUUGAGAUGAGUGCUACACCUAUCUUUGGCGACGAGACAGAAGCAGAGAUAAGCAACGGUCCUCCUUAUGUUUAUCUCUGCAUGGAGAGCAUGAAAAAGAGAAGGUUGCCAGAGAUUCCUGCUUAUUUUGGAGAAGAAGAGAUGAUAGACAUGCAGGACGUGGCUGUUCUUUGGCUCCCAGGUGGUGUUACUGCUUAUGUUGAUGUCAACAAAGAUGGUAUCCUUUGCAUUGGAGUCGGGUGGUACUCUGAUGAAGGGAUCAACCUUGUAAUGGAGAGAGAUUAUGAAACGGAUGGCAAACUCAGAGAGGUUCGCUGUAAAACUGAGGUAAAGAGAAGGUUGUCAGACGACUCAGAUCUUCCUCCUAUGUAAAUUACGGUAUGACUUUUGUAACAUGGUUUACUUCUUGUGUAUAUUUUCUUUCCUUUUUUCGACGUCAUGUUUCCCCUCGAUAUUGGACGGACGGAUUGAUGCCUUGAUGGUGGGUAACUCUGUAUAUGUUUCAAGUUCAAUGAGGAAAUUAGUUAGCUGUUUUUUGAAGGAAAGUUUGGUAAUUGAUGGCAAGUGGUAAUGUAACUUGAAAGGCUUGGGUAGCUGUGAGGAAAGUGGACUGGAGGGUUAUCGUUGAUGAUACUGUCCAAAGCCACAAAAUGUGUUAAAUGUUAGUACCACUAUUUGUUGGGCUUUCUACAAGUACGGAAUAUAAAACCCCACCACAGUAGUACAGUA